AUGACAUCAGUGUUCAACACAGAUGCUUCACUGCUGUACAACCAUGAUUUAUUUGAAAGCAUUAUUCAUUCCGAGGUGCCUAUACCUCCAGACACUCACUCAGGCGAUCUGGAUAGAAACCGACAACAAGAACGCCACUCACUUCUACUUGAGAAGGUUAGACAUAGCUGUCUGGACCGGUGCUGCCACCAAAAGAGUUCGGAAGGUCCUGGAGGAUAUUGUUCCACACCGUACAACCGUGAUUUGUUUGGAAGCCUAAUUGUAAAGAAAAGAGUGAAGGUGGAGGGGGAAGGGGACAUAGUGCUAACCUACCACAAUCAUUCCGAGGUGCCUACACCUCCAAACAUUCACUCAGGCAAUCUGGAUAGGAACUAA